AUACGGCGACCACCAUUUUUUCCGGGGAACCCACUCGUUAUUGCAUUGCUUCUGUAUAUAGGUGCAUCUCUAAAGAGAUCAGAAACCAUCUUCCGUGAUCAGGAGAAUUCGAUAUAAGAAAAUAUAUUUUAUAUUUUAUAUAAACUAAAAGAAGAAAGAAAGGAAAAUAGGAAAAUCAUGGAGUUUCCUUGGUUUUGUUCUUCUUCUAUCUUAAUUAUAUCGUUUAUAGUCACAAACAGUCAUGUACGGACAGCAACAGCAGAUGUGAAAAUUCCAGCAGUUUUUGCGUUUGGUGAUUCCCUGGUUGAUACAGGCAACAAUAAUUAUAUUUCAACCAUUUACAAGAGCAACUUUCCUCCAUAUGGGGCAAAUCUAGGAGUUGCAACCGGAAGAUUUUCUAAUUCCAAAGUGCUAUCUGAUAUCACAGCGAACAAUCUGAAAAUCAAAGACAGUGUUCCACCUUAUUUGGCCCCAAAUUUGAAAACUAAUGAUCUCCUAACAGGAGUGACCUUUGCUUCGGGUGGCUCAGGAUAUGAUACUCUGACGCCUGUUUUAGUGACAUCAAUAUCACUAGAGGAUCAGUUAAAACACUACAAAGAAUACAAAGAGAAGGUGAAAGGGAUUAUUGGAGAACCCAAAACAGAUUCCCUCUUGGCCAAUAGUAUUCAUCUAGUGUCAGCCGGCAGUAAUGACAUUAGCGACUAUUUUUCUCUACCUGAGAGGAAAGCGCAAUAUGAUGUUAAUUCCUAUACUGAUCUUCUGGUUAACUCUGCUACUACUUUCGUCCAAAGUUUAUAUGAUACGGGAGCAAGAAGAAUUGGAGUUUUCAGUGUACCACCAAUUGGGUGCGUCCCAGCAGAGAGAACCCCAACAGGGUGUGCAGAAAAUCUGAACCGAGCGGCAACCUCAUUUAACUCCAAAUUGUCUAAAUCGUUGGCUUCCCUUGGUGCUAGACUGCCUGGAAGCAAGAUUGUUUUUAUGGAUUUCUAUGCUGAUUACCUCAGCAUCAUCCAAUCGGAUCCCAACAGUUCUGGUUUUGGAGUUGCCAAUAAAGCAUGUUGUGGAACAGGAAAUGCAGAUCUCAACUUAUUAUGUAAUAAAGCAAAUCCCACAAAAUGUGCUGACAUUUCUGAAUAUGUAUUUUGGGACGGGUAUCAUUUCACAGAAGAUGCAUACAUGCUGCUUGCCGGGCUAUCCUACGGUAGAUACGUUCGCCAGUUAUUUUGAGAAUAUCCUGUCUUGUAUUGAAAGUGAAAGCAUUUGUAAAAAUAUAUAUAUGUGCCAGUUAAGUCUGUAAGUAAACUUCCAGACGUUCUUUUUCAGUUGCAAGUUGCAACAUAUAAUAAAAUACGCUGGUUUAGUACUAA